UCCUCCUCUUCCUAGUCGCUCAUUCACCUUUUCUAUUGCUUCUAUAGCUUGUUCUUUCCUUUCAUGCACUUAUUGGAAAAGAAUAAAUUAAAAAUUUUCUAGUAGUAUAUAUAGUACUCUUUCUUAUCAACACCCAUCUCUUGCUUUUCUCUGGUAAGUUAGCUCUUGAAUCCUUACAUCUUCAAGUCUUCUUAAUUCCUUUUUUUAAGUUAUAAAGGAGGAUUUCAAACUCAGGAUCUUUAGCUAUAUAUAAAUAUUUUCAUCCGUACGUAGCUCGCUAGUACACACACACACACACACACACACACACACACAUAUAUAUAUAUAUAUAUAAGCUUGUCCAAGACCAACGAGAAACCAUUCUAGCUAGCUAGCCGGAGCGUUUGGAACAAUAAGCUGAAAAAUGGGAAUUCAAGGAACUUUGGAGUACUUAUCAGAUGUACUAAGUAGUGCCAAAAAAGGCAAGAAGAAGCAAAUGCAAACGGUAGCCGUCAAAAUCAGGAUGGACUGUGAAGGUUGUGCCCGCAAGGUCAAGAAUGUCCUCUCCGGCGUAAAAGGUGCUAAAUCUGUGGACGUCGACUUGAAGCAGCAGAAGGCAACUGUAACUGGAUAUAAUGUUGAGGCAAAGAAAGUGUUGAAGGCAGCUCAGUCAACAAAGAAGAAGUGUGAGUUGUGGCCUUAUGUUCCGUACAAUCUGGUGGCUCAUCCUUACAUUUCUCAGGCAUAUGACAAGAAGGCACCUCCUAAUAUGGUCAGGAAAGUUGCCGACACUUCAAACAUCACUGAGACUGCCGUGGACGACCGCUACAUAGUCAUGUUCAGCGAUGACAAUCCUAAUGCCUGCUCUGUUAUGUAGCUAGAUUAUUAAUAUAUCUAAAAUAAUCAUGUUAAAAAUAUUAAAGGUACAAGUCAGCAAUACAGUUAGAAAUAUAGUUAGCAAUACAGUUAGCAAGUUUGUUAGUAUUUGGUUAGAGUUGUUAGGCUCACUAGUAUAAAAACAAAGUGUGUAAUCUUUAUUUAGUUAGUCAAUACAAAUCAUAUUUCUC